UCCACAACUGAAACAUCCACUUCUGAACACCAUGUCCUACUACAGCCAUCUUUCUGGUGGCCUGGGCUGUGGCUGUGACUAUGGGAAGGACUUGGCUGUGGCUGAGUAUGACAGGUGCAGACAUGGCUGCCACUCAUCUUACUCUGCCAGGUAAUGACACCAUGGAUUCCACCGAGGAACACCUAGAGCAGUUCAGUCUACUGCACUCCUCC